UCAUUUGGUGGGCUGCACGACCGGUGUCAGUUUUAGGUCCACAUUGCCGGCAACGAGUCGAACUUGUUUCCGGUGAGAGUUGGACUCCGCCAGGCCUGCCCUUUGUCACUGAUUUUGUUCAUAACUUUUAUGGACAGAAUCUCGAGGAUGUCCGGUUUGCUGGCAUCAGCAUCGCAUCGCUGCUCUUUGCAGAUGUUGCGGUUCUGUUGGAUUCAUCAAGCCGCCGUCUCCAACGCUCACCGGAGCGAUUCGCUGCCGGGUGUGAAGCGUAGAUGAGAAUCGGCACCUCCAAAUCUCGAGACCGUGGUCCUCGGUCGGAAAAGGGUGGCGUGCCCUCUCCGGGUCGGGGAUGUGAUCCCGUCCCAAGUGGGGGAGUUCAAGUAUCUUGGGGUCUUGUUCACGAGUGAGGGAAGAACGCGACAGACGGAUCGGUGCAGCGUCUGCAGUGAUGCGGUCUUUGCAUCGGUCCGUUGUGGUGAAGAGGGAGCCAAGUCGAAAGGCGAAACUCUCAAUUUGCCAGUCGAUCUACGUGCCUCCCCUCACCGAUGGGCACGAGAUGCGAGUUGUGACCGAAAGAACAAGAUCCCUGAUGGCAGUGGCCAAAAUUGGUUUCCUUCACAGGGUGUCCGGGAAAAAAAAAUCUUUGUGAAUGGGUUCAGAAGAAGCCCGUCCCACCGAGAACGGACCCCGGGCACGACCCAGGAACUGCUGGAGGGACUCCCAACUCUCAGCUGGCCUGGGAACGCCUCGGGAUCCCUCCGGAAGAGCUGAAAGAAAUGGCUGGGGAAGGGGAAGUCUGGGUAUCCCUGUUGAAGCUACUUCACCCGUGAACCGACCCGGAGAAGCGAUGAACAUGUGUCAUUUGGUCAUUGUAAGUUCUGUAACCUCAACCCACGCACUCGUCUUGAAGUCCAGAAAAGCGAAAUCGUUGUCAGCUGACAAGGGGAAGUUGGCAACUUACAGACAUGUAAUGACACCUCCGCACCUGCGGGCGGCGCAAAUGCUUUCAAAUGAACAAUGUGUCUCGUUCACAAGGCCAGACGGCGUUUUUUAGUUCGUUUGGUUGUGAUCACAUUUGUGUUGGGUCGCUAAUUCGGACACAUUUUGGUCACUAACUACAUUUUUUUUUUUACACUUUUAUGCACCGUAAUUAACUUAAUUUUGGUCUAUUUUCCAUGUUUCCCUAGCUAGCUAGCUAGCUGAAGUUAGCUUAGCUUGGUUUGCUGCUACGAAAGCGACGCGUUUGUCAUCGUGUGAAAAUGUGUAAAGUAGAAAUGCUGAGAGCGUUGCUGAAUGCUCGCCUGAGCGCUGCCGUCGAAGAAGUAUUCGGAGUUUUUGCCAGAACGAUAGCAGAGUACGAGGAAGAACUUUGUCGGACAAAGCAGGAGAACGAGCGACAACGUCAACUACUGGACACCGUUUUCAGGCGUCAAGACGUCAGCGACGACGAGCUUCCUCUUGAGCAGCUGGAGCGUAACUCCAAGGAGGAGCCCCCGCAAUAUGAAGGGGAAGAAGAGGAGGCGGAGCGCUUCUGCAUUAAAGAGGAAGAAGGGAGAGGAGAGCAUCUUCAGCAGCCGGACUUGCCGUUUUCCCGAGUCGUUGUGAAGAGUGAAUAUGACGAGGAGAAGGGUGGGGCGGAGCCGCCGAGCAGCAGCUCCAAUGGACACGCGACUGCAGAAGGUGAUGGAGUCCACUGUGAAGGAUCACAAGCGGACGGCCGCUUUGCCCCACCGUCGCAUUCUCGCUCUCCGGACACUGAUGAGGAGCACUCCAAAGGGGAUGUGACGCGUCACGCUGGCGGCACACACUGGAAAUGUUCUCAGUGUGACAAAACGUUUGGUACCAAGUACACUUUGAGGGUGCACAUGAUGAUCCACACUGGAGAUAAACCGUUCAUGUGCUCCGUUUGUGGUAAAAGAUUCUCUCAGAAGGCGCACUUGACGACACACACCAGAAUACACACCGGAGACAAGCCCUAUUCUUGCUCGGUCUGCAGCAAAAGUUUCAUUGACUAUUCAGCCAUGGUGAAACACACGAGGAUACACACCGGAGAGAAACCUUUUGCAUGUUCAGUCUGCAGCAUAAGUUUCAGCGAUCGCUCCAAUUUGGGUAAACACAUGAGAAGACACACCGGAGAGAAACCUUUUGCGUGCUCGCUUUGUGGGAAAAGAUUCUCCAUCAAGGGACAUUUAAUAACACACACAAGAACGCACACCGGGGAGAAACCUUUUACCUGUGCCGUCUGCAAUUUAAAUUUCAGCGAUCGCUCAGGAUUGGUCCAACACAUGAGAACGCACACCGGGGAGAAACGCUUCUCUUGCUCCAUUUGCGGGAAGCAAUUCUCUCAGAGGGCGCCUUUUACAAAACACGUCCAACUGCACUCUGCUGACAAGCCGUUUAGCUGUAGUGCGGGAUCAAAAAUCCGGUGAUGAAUGCCAACUUUGCAAAUUUGCUCCCGGGGAGAACGGCCGAUGCUUUGAAUACUGCAGUGAAGAACUUUGGACUCGGUGCUACGGUGGAAUAGCGUAUACUGUAUAUGUGCACAAAAUAAAAUACGAGUCUUCACACAGUAUCUUUGUCACGGUGUUCUGUUGAUGAGCAAAACUUCAAACGGGCUCGGCCACUUAACUCUUUUAACGUCUGGGCGUGAGGGUGAAGUAAGGAGAUC